UCUCAACGUGCCUGAAACCACCCCGUCACACUCACCGCUUUCUCUCUCCUCCCCUUCCGUAAGGCGUGAGGGACAGCGGAGCAAAAGAUUUACAGACGAGCCAUGGCGAGCUUUAGAGACAGGAGGCCCUCCGAGAGCCUGGUGCCGAUGCGCCGCCCCAGGUCGCCCGCCAAGGAGGUGGCCCUGGAGGAGGGCAUGGAUUUCGGCUCGGAGGCUGCCUCGCGGUUCGAGCCGGUAGGGCGGAACACCUCGGACGUGCCCGUUGCCUACCCAGCCGCAGAAGUGGCGCCCGCCGCGGGGGUAGGGACCGCAGCUCAUCGUGUGGAUGACGGCUUCAGCGGGGACGGCUCUGACGAGGAGCCGGAAAUGUCCGAGUUUGCGGAGUCCCAGUUCAUGAACUCGGAGUUCAACGAUUCUCACGUGGGGACCGAGUACUCCGCUUACGGCAACUCGGAGUUGUCGGGGCCGGAGGGAGACGCCGGGGGGGGCGGCAGCCGCUUUGUGGGCACGAGGGAGUGGGCUCGGCAGCAGCGGUCGCAGAACUCGUCUCAGUUCACGGCGGACCGGGACGGUGGCGCGUCGGCGGGCCCCUGGAGCGGCCCCGGGCGACAAUCUUCCGGGUGGAACAUGGACGGCGGUGGGCGGCAGCACAGCCGGAGAGGCAAGUACGCCGGGGAGGACGGCCGGAUGCACGACCUGCCCCCCAUGCCCGACAACAAGCAGAUGCCCUCGAACCACUCGGUGCUCUCCCACGACCUGAGCGGGUUCUCGGACUUCGAUCCCACCCCGAAGAGCACCCACCAUAAGAGGGACGAAAGCGUCAGCAGCGGGGGCAGCGGGGGCGCCGCCGGCGAUAUCACCGCGCCGCACCCGCCCCCCUCGGACCGGAUCAACUGGAACCGGGGGCUGACGGGGGCGGCGGCCGCGGCGGCAGACGCCGACGCGCGCAACCUGGCGAGGAAGCAGCAGCAGGAGCGGGAGGCGGCAGCAGCGGAUUUGGCGCAGAAGAGAGCCGCGAAGAAGGCGGCGUUAUUGGCGGACGCGGGCGGGGCGGCAGCGGCAGCUGUGACUGUAGCCGGCGGCUCGGACUCGAGUGGUUCGGGCAGGAAGAAGCCGCGGCCGCCGGCGGCGCACAACGGGCCACCAGACCCAAGAAAGGGGGAGGCGGACGGGGCGGCGAUGCGGGAUAUGGGGGACAUGAAGGAGGAGGGGAGCGGGAGCGGGAUGUCGGCCUUCAGAGCCAGCACGUUGGAGGCGCAACGAACACACGGGGACCCCUUCGACGAUAGGCCGCGAAACGAGAACGGGACCACCGGGGAAUACGCCGUGCCCUCCUACCGCAGCCUGAUCUUCACGCCGCUAAUGUUCCUCAUCUGCCUCAUUCUGCUGUUCUGGGAGUUCGGCCUGAACGGCUGGGUGGCGGAGCCUUUGGAGGAAAACCCCUCCUACGGGCCCAGCGUGGAGACCCUCAUCGAUGCCGGCGCGAAGCGGGGGGAUCUGAUCGUGGACAAUGGAGACUGGUGGCGACUCAUCUCACCGAUGUUCCUGCACGCGGGCGUGGUACAUUUCUUGUUCAACAUGCUGGGAUUUUUGCAAGUGGGGGCGAUGGUGGAGAGGGUCUUCGGGUGGUGGCGGGUCGCGUGCAUUUACCUGGUGGCAGGGGUGUUCGGGACGAUAGUUUCGGCGAUCUUCGUCCCGACGCAGGUCAUGGUCGGAGCCUCGGGGGCUAUCUUCGGGGUAUUCGGAGCGCUGUGGGCGGACCUGUGGCAGAACUGGAGCGUUAACCAGGACCGAUGCCGGAUGUUCACCGUUCUCUUCAUUCUCACUGCGGUCAACAUCAUCCUAGGCCUGAUGCCGUACUUGGAUAACUUCGCCCACUGCGGCGGCAUGCUCAUGGGGUUGUUCAUGGGCCUGGGUCUGCUGGUGCAAAAGAGGGAAGACGACCGUGGUUACCGCCUCGACAAGAAGUGUUACCAGGCAAGGGUAAGCCUCCAGCUGGUGGCGGCGGUCGCUGUGCCCACGUUGAUGAUCCUCGGGCUCUCUCUACUGUACGGGAGGUCGGAUCCCGCCGAGUGGUGCGGUUGGUGCGAGAACAUCUCGUGCGUGGAAUUCCCGCCGGGGGACAGCCCGUGGUGGGCUUGCGACGAGUGCAGCACGGUCGGAUUCGAGGCGGAAAAAUCCACGGAAGGCACGAUCACGAUCUCGUGUCCGGACGGAACAAGCGCAUCGAGCGACCAAUGCUCAGACGAAUCUGACGAAGCGCUGGUGGCGUGUUGCAUCAGCCUCUGCCUGUAGCCUACUACAUGCACACGUUGCCGUUACCCGUUGCGUACGCGGGCGCGCGCGUUCGUUGCUACUUCUGGGCGCCGUGGCGACAAGCUGUUUACGACCUUCGUUUAGCAAGCGUUUGCUGCUGCUUCUGGGCGCUGCGGGCGACCGGCUAUUUAGAACGUUCAUUCAGCACGCGUUUGUUGUUGCUUCUUGGCGCUGUGGCGACAAGCUAGGAUUUUGGUGGCCUUGGUUGUGAAGCAGGUCCCCGCCCCCGCCCCCGCCCCCGCCCCCGCCCCCGCCCCCCCUAGCAGCAGCUUUCCCGUGGUUCUUAUGAUGGUUCUCAUUUCAAUAUUUCCGUUGAGACAGGGGGCGAGGGGACCAUGGACGAUGUCUCGGAGGGAGAAGAUGUGUGAUCCACGCGUUAUCAUUGCUGUCGCUGUUGAGGGUCCCUAACUGUGGAGCGAGAACGAAAACCGGUGAUGCAGCACCCGUCACUCGGCCACCCGCUAAUGGCGCUUGGUUGCUCAGAUGCUUUAGGAUGAAAAGCUACAGGCGGAAAGAGCGCCCUCGUGUGUAUUAGCCAUUUUCUGUUUGUGUGUGUGUGUUUUUUUUUUCUGUACGACGUGCGCCGCGUUUGCCCUUUCAUACCAAAUCUCUUUUGUCUGCGACCGACUUGUGCCGUUUGGUCUCGGCGCACUGAAAGCGUUGUGUCUCUCUUGUCAUAGUAUACUAGUCACGAGGCAUGCAGUGAAGGUCGAGGGUACAGGGGGCAUGGGAGCUCGACGCCGAUAAUAUUAGUCAUGGUGGUUUUUUUAUUGAGUUGCCCGUUUUAAUUCCUCGGCUUCGGUUUCGAGCCCGUAUGUGCGACCGGUGUCUCAAUUCAAUUCUCGCGGCCGUAUCGCGGGCGAGCGCGUGUGUGUCGGGAGAACAAGUGUGGCUAUUGCUUGAGGGCGGCAAUGCGCUUUUUCCUUCCCUCUCUUGGCUGUUUUCGUUAGCUGCUUUUUCUUGUUGAAUGUGCGGCGCGAUCUGAGCGCUGCUUCUCUCGCCCCACGAGAGACGAGAGGCAGAUGCCAUUUAUGGGCCGAUGUGGGCUGCCAGGUGAGCGAAAAAAUACUAGUCCCGCUGCGCGCCGAUUUGUUGUGUGAUAUUGUUGGAGUUCUGUUCUGUGUACGUCGGUCGUAUGACGCCUAGACCAGCGCCAACCGAGAGAUGAAACAAGAGAGGUGCACGGUGGUACUUCCUCCGCGGACUUGAUGACCACUCUCCGGGGUUUGGUAGAAACAUGCUGCGUCCACGCAAUAUUCGGAGAAGGGGACGGGAUAUUUUGAUCGAUGGAGGGUCGGCGGGAGGCGCGAACAACUUUUAUUCCCAGUUCACCGUACGGAGGGAACGGGAUAUACUAAAUGGGGGGGGCGAGUACAUGCAUUCAUAGUCCACCUGCGGUGAGAUAGAGGGCGCGCAGUUGUUGUUAGCGAUUGAUGUUUCGGAAUAUUAUACAUAUGCCAAAUACGAAAUACAUGGGGGUGUUUUCUGCUUCAUUUGCUGAGUAGCGUCGGAAUCUUCGAGACCAUUCGUGAGUCUCGAGGUACCAAAUAUUGUAGCUUGCUGUGGGGGCCAUCCUUGGUUCGUUGCUUUGUGGUUGUGCCUUACAGCAGUGACGGCUCGUUCAUGACAAGAUCUUCAUUGCUGCUGUCGAUAACAUGGGUGCGUAUCCAUGCUCGCCUGGUGUUUCUGUCUGCUGCUGCUGCUGCUGCUGCGUGCGUGCGUGUUUCAACUUUUUGUCAAGUGGUUUUUGUGACGUACCUGCCUGUCGUUGAGUAUUGAAGCCUUCGCCAUGGAAGUGAAGGCGUUUCUUUCUUCGUGUUGGGUGUUGUCGACUUACUGCGUAAGGCACUGGCGCGAAGUAGCGGGUUCGGCAAAUUGUCAAAGCCACAUUCAAGAUCGUUUUGGCAUCCGGCCGUCCGACUGUCGGGCGACUUGUCUCUCGUGUGAUGGAUGUCUUCAUUCUGAUGUACAUUGUUCUCCCUUGUGUGGAUCCUUGCCGAAGUGUCGUCCUUGCGAAGGAUGUUAAAUUUGCUUUGUUUGCGGUCAGCGAUCGCUGUUUGUUUUCGCGGGGGUAUCAGCCGCUGCUGAAUCGUGCGGGGCAACGCUAUGCCAGUCACGUUCGGGACAUCUCCGGGCCUGUCAUCACUGCUCUCCUCCAUGGCUGUUGUUCCGGUGGGGGCUCUCCUCUUGUUUUCAUUCCUGCUUCAAUGUUGUGGCACGCAUCUAUCUGAUUUUGCGGUUUUGAUUGCACCCGCCGCGUGCUGAUGUCGUCGGGGUGAUGACGGAUGCGCUUUCAACUGGACCCUGAGUGUGAGGGCGCGUGGAUCACGCAUGAUCAUUUUGGGAGGAAUGAAUUGGUUCAGAGCUCUUUGUGCCUUCAACCCGUUCACUGCUUGUUGUCCUUUCGCCCAAAUGACUAAUCAAACAGCCGCCACAAACAUUUCCAACGUCCCCGACAAAGCACGCGAGUGAACAAGCGUUUCCGUUUUCGAACUUGGGGUGACCACUAUUCACAGUGUUGGUCUUGACUUGGUUAGUACCCAUACACACUCUCGCAUGUUAAGGUGCUGGCCUUCCUGGCCAGGUGAAUUCAUUGUGUUAUUUUGUCAGCUAGGAUGAGUGAUCAAUGAAGCUUGUUGUGCAGCACUUCGUCCCCUUGUUGAUUGUGAAGCCGCUCCCGGAGUUUCGUGAUUCGGUGCAUCGUUGCCUGGACAUCCUGCGGGCAUGAAAGAUUGGCCGUAUGUCCGCGGGCGUUCACCACGAGGGGGUGAAGCACGUGUGAGCCAAACUUGUACGUACGUAGAUACGUGUGGGCGAAAGCUUUGACGUACGUAUGUUAUAGUAAUGUUCUGUUCCAUGGGCGUCUGAUU